AUGGGCGGUCAGGCCUAUCUAGAACCGGGCUUUGACCCCAAUUCCCUGACCGUACCCAAACUGCGAUCGAUCCUCCUUGAGCACGGCAUUGAUUAUUCGGCUGCCUCCAAGAAGUCCCAGCUAGUCCAAAUCUUCCACGAGGAGCUCCUACCACAGGCGCGAAAGAUCAAGCAGGCCAGCGCACGCAUCAAGCGAACCAGUAGAGGCAUCGAAGAUGUAACAACUGGACGAAAGGGAACUGGUGCUGGUGAUGAAGACGAAGAGAUCCCGCCUACACCAGCGACGGGUCGCAGCACUCGGCGCACCACACGAGCUCGCACUGAGGAGGUCCAAGAGGUCGUGCCGACAUCUGAAGGAAUAAGACAUAGUACCGCUCCACCAGAGGGUUUCACUCCGCGACGGUCAGUGUCUGGAAGGCGUGCUAGAGCUGUGGAACCGGUAGAGGAGGAACCAGCGCCGAAGACUGUGCGCAGGAGACAAUCGCGAACACGAUACACCGCAGCGACACCGGCUGUCAAGACUGAAAGAGCAGAAGAGGACAGUCCGUUCUCAAAUGAAAAUGUCUUCCAAUCUGCAAGCCCUCCACCUCUUGCGCCAGCUCCGGACACUGAUCGUAGGCGCACUACACUUGGCUCUUCGGCUAGAGAUCUCGAGCGGCGGCAUCGCGAACUUCGGCGACGCACAGACGGAAUCAGCCCGGCUAAGCAGCGCAUGGACGGCUACCCGCGCAAGAGUCUCGAGAAAUCCCUCACAAGGGUGAAGAAACAGGAGGAAGUCGAGCCCACGGAAGAGUUCACACCUGAAGAACAACUGGAUCUGGACCUGGCUCAGCAAACUGGCGAGCUUGUCCCUACGCGCCGAAAGACCAAGAAGCCUUCAGCGCAUGCUAAAUGGGGAGUCGGAGCUGUGUUUUCGGUGAUGGCAGUCGCCUUGGGAGCUGUGUGGCGUCAGGAGAAGCUCCAAGUCGGAUACUGUGGAGUUGGGUCACCAUCAGUCGAGUGGGCUGGAGUUGAAGUACCAAAGUGGGCAGAGAUCAUCCGACCGGAGUGUGAGCCAUGCCCACCUCACGCGGCUUGCGGCGACGAGCUCCAGACAGAGUGCGAGAACGGCUUCGUGCUCACGCAGCACCCGUUCUCCCUGAACGGGCUCAUCCCAAUUCCGCCCACAUGCGAGCCAGACAGUGUUCGUGCAAAGAAAGUCAAGACAGUCAAGGAGCGUGCUGUAGAAGCUUUACGGGAACAAAAUGCCAAGUAUGAAUGCGGAGAGGCUACUGCGCCUGCGAUCAAGGAGACGGACCUCAAGAAGAACAUUGCGGUCAAGCGCCGCAAGGGCAUGAGCAACGACGAGUUCGAAGACCUUUGGCAGAGCGCAUUGGGAGAAAUCCUCGAUGCAGAAGAAGUCGUCAGCGGUUCAGACGGGUAAGUCGAGAGGCCCUCUUCCUACAGCCAACCCCAGUCUACUGUUCUGUUCAUCGUCGAUACCUCGCAUGCUUACAAGAUAUCUUCAUACUGACAGAUUCUCCGCAACCCCAGAACCGGACAACAUGCCGUCCUCCGAUCCACAAGCCUCGCCGCAAUCCCCUUCGCCUGCGCCGUCCGCCGAUCGCUUCGCGAAACACUUAGACACUAUUUUUGGCAACUUGUAGCUGUUCUGCUCGUUCUGUCCGGCGGGACCUACGGUCGUCGUCGCAUCACAUCAAGCCACGAGACAGAAGCAAAAGCCAAGAAGCUCGCGAGCUUGGCUCUUGAGAAACUGUCGCUACAAGCAGCGUACCAUGCCGCGGAACCCGAAAUCUACAAAGAGAAUUACAUUAGCGUUGCGCAACUGAGGGAUGACGUCCUGAGGGACGAAUUCUCUGCUAGUCGCCGCAAGAAAUUGUGGGAGAGGGUACAGCGGAAAGUCGAAGGGAAUGCCAACGUUCGACCCAUGGUGCGCGAGGGGCGAAGCGGAGAUGUGGGUAGGGUGUGGGAAUGGGUUGGCGCCGUGGGAUACCUCGAAAGCCCACAGCAGUCUGGAGAAAACCGUCGGCGGAGUGGACGCGUGAGCUUUGCUGGAGAUGAUUCGCGAUUGAUUGAGCCGAGUGAGGAAUUCAGUGAGAGCGCUUUGCAGCGCAGCGAGACAAAGCCGGUCGUGAAGAAGUGGAGUGAAGGCAGGGGCACGUAUUAUUGA